CUUAUCGUGACCCCACCCAUAGCUGCUUCCUUUUCAAAUCGCGCAGCUCCUCCGCUCUCCGACAGACCACACAACCAACUUGUUCGGGCGGCCUUCUUACUCAACACAUUCCAUCCAUAUCCCAAUUGCAGCUACAAGUACUCCAACAAUGGUGCUCAAACUGCUCACACUCCUCGCCAUCGGUGUCACCGCUGUCGCAGCUACCCUAGCACCUCUCCACCCGCGCGACACCGCAGACGGCAAUACUUGCACGUUCCACGCUAGCAUUGUCGAAACCUGCGCCUCCACUACGCCGGUCACGUACGCCAAUAUCCCUAGCAUCCGUAAGUCUUCACAGCUCCUUGAAGCCAUCCAGAUCCAUCUUUACAAAGCCCCAGUCCCUCGCGCCCUCUCCAGACCAAGCGACUAACUUCAAUCUCCCUCCAGACACUCCCUCCGGCGCCAACCUCCCCGGCACUUCUUACCUCCUCAUCGCCUAUCCCAACCACGCCACCGUCAAGCUC